AUGGAUGAAUGGAAAUGUAGAAAUACAAUGCUUGGAUAUUUGGAGGCGGAUAAGUCACCUUACGAAAGUCGCGGUUAUUAUUUGGAAUGCAUCAAAUUCGCGACGCAGUACUCAGACCACCUUUCGCUGCUAGUCAUCCUUCAGUUCAUGGCUGUAGCAUUAGAUGGUGAAUGUCUUCUUUUGGCCGUGAAGGUGGACGAUGCUUUUGCUGUACGAGUACUUCUACAUCACGGAGCGCCAAUUUCUUAUCAAAAUAAGUCCGGCGAAACGGUAGAUUCAUUGCAUGAGGCGUUUCGACAGCGAAAGUAUGCGGCGGCCGAAGAGAUACUGAAAUUUCUGAAUUAUCGCAGCGCACGUUUGGUU